AUGUUUACAAACAUUCGCCGUGCGCUUCAGUGGCUCGGUGCCCGCUACUUGCGCACACUCUCAGUGGCGGCGAUGAUGCUCUUGCACCUAUUGCUGCACGUCCUUAUCUUCCACCUUCUAACUGCUAAAGGAGGGCAGAAGGAUGCAUCUAAGACGAGUGUACAGCAAGCUUUGCUUACUCCAAAGGACAAUAAUUAUGUUCUGAAGUACAUAGAAAAAUGCCCAGAGAAAGGUCAUUACUUCAUCCGUGAUUAUGCUACGAACAAAAUAGAACCUGCUACCUGCUACCUCUGCUUCUGCCAAGGCGACAAAACUGCUGUAUGCUGGAGAAGGGACAACAAACGAUGUAAUGAUGACAGUUUUAGAUCCCAGGGUGAUGGGAACAGGAACACAAAAACUCUUCAGAAGAAAACGAACGAUACUAGAAUCCGUCGAAGCCCUGGAUUUACCGAUAUAUUCUUUCGUGACGCUUCUCGGGAUAUGUUUAAUAAGAAUACGGAAGGUAAGCAGUGCAAGCCCUAUGAGUCCAGCUUCAGCGAUGACUGUCCUCCAGCUGACUGGUGUACUGGUUGUACGGUGUGUGACUGUGAUGCCAAUGGUCGCUGGGACUGCCAUAUAUUGAGUUUCUGUUCUGAUCCCAAAAAAAGCAAAACUGCUGGCAGAAAAAUGGUAAAAAAGAAACGGGUGAUAGAUGAUUUACCGAUAGGUGCGCGACCCCGAACACCCAUGCCAAUUAUGGGUGGAAGAAAAAGUAGAAAACAUCGAACGACCACCACAAAGAAAGUAGUGAAGAAACCAGUUACACAACCUAGAAAGCCUAAACAAAAGCAGCAAAAGAUAAAGCAACCACUAAGAUAUAAAAGAAUUGCUCCAAAGGCCAAUGCAUCUAAGGCAAUGUUUAAAAAAAGAAAUAUAGCUACGCAUAAAAGGGUUCACUUACACAAGAAAAAAGAAAAAGAACCGAAUGUAGUACCGGAUGAUUUGGCCAAAGAGAUCCUUAAAAAAAUGAUGACCAUUGUAAAUAAGUUAGUCCAGAAAGAAAUUCAAAAUAUGACAAAACUUGUGGCAAAGAGGCAACAGUGGUUUGAACAACAGCAAAGAAAGAUGUAUCUAACUACAUUAACACCUAGAAUUAUCGGGGGGACAAGAAAAAAAUGGCAGAAAAGGAGCACAGAGAUCGAACAAGACAAUAAAAAAACAAAAUUAAAUUUGUGGCAAAACAGAUAUAAACGAGAUUUAUCUUCCUUGGAGACUAAUACACAUAAUUCUAUAGUGAGUUCUACAGUUGCUGUACAAAAAGAGAGACCCACUGACUCUACAGUACUACCGAUACAAUCAGACAUUGAUGACAAUUCAAUAGAUAAAAAUACAAAAUCUAUAACUGUUAUGCCCUUGCAAACUAACACAGAAAAUGACUAUUACAAAUACAUUUUAGCAACAAAUAUAAUACCAUUAAUUAGAAAUGAAAUCAAAAAUAAGGAUUCGGUAAAGCCAACUGUAGUAAUUAAAAUGAAUAAAAUUAGUACGACAGACAAAACCAAGACAGACAGAACAGAACUUAUUACGGAACAUAAAACGCUAACGGUUACAGAAAGAGAAAAAAAUAUACAAGCAAUUGAAAAUUGUGCAGAAAAAAUAGAAACUACUAGUGUGUAUAAGAAAACAACGGAAUUACCUGUCACUACAGAAACAGGUUCUACUUUAGUAAAUACGCUACAGAAUACUACAAAUGCAAGUACAACGGGUAAUAAAUUAGUUGAUGAUAUUGUACUAAAUUAUGUUUCAAAUCCUUAUAAAUAUUUGCCUGAAGUUGAUCCUUCAGAAAACGAUAUCCAGGUCAAGAAAUGGCCUCCAGUAAAAAUUGUGAAACAGAAGUUCACAACAACUGAAUCACUGACUGAAGGUCCGCAAAAACAUAUUGCUAACUCAACCAUAAUUACUAAUAAUAACAUGAAUAAAGUACGUAGAAAAGAUGUUAAACGUAUUACAGUGUCAAGGAAAUACAAUUUAUUGAAAGCACUCAAUUUCCACAAAUGCCCGUUUCUGAAUAAGUUAACUGCAAGCGAAAAUGAAACAUAUACAUUAGGACAACCUACAAAAACACCUGAUGUGAAAAAUGAUCCGACAAAACUAUUACACAAGUAUAAUGCUACGAAAAAAAUACAUAAAAAAAUUAAGAAGUUCAGCCUUAUAAAGUAUUUAAGAAAACUAUUUAAUUAUGUGUUUAGAAGAAAAAAUAGAUCGGACCGUUUUAGUAGAUAUCACAUUUUAGAGACUCUCUGCGAACACUUUGGACCUUGCAAUAUUAAGUCACGAGAUAAGCGUCUUUUGAGAUCUAAGCUUACAGAUUUAAACCAAGAAACUAUGACGAUCCUAAAGACGGUCAAAAUUAUAAAGGGAUUGUUAAUACUGUUGGAAGAUUCACCUGACAAUAAUAAAACUUUAUCAAAAAAAGGUAAUUUUGGUAGUUCUAUACAGAGAUUAAAUAGUAUUUUGAAAGGUAACUAUGGUGAUUCCUCUAAAAAACCAUUAACAAUCACCAAAUUGGUCCAGAUAGAAUACAUUAAGAAGAACACCCAAGCUUUCGUUAAAUCUGUAGGUAAAUUUGCAACGUUGCUAAACGAAAUCAUUGGUAUUAUAACCAAAGAUGCUGAUAAACCUAUGCAAAAUAAUUUUCGUACACAUGAAAUGGGAAAAGAUCCUUUCAAAAACUUAAAAGAUCUUUUAAUAAAGUAUAAUUUGGUUCAAAAUAAUUUUAUGAAAAAGAUGUAUGAUUUAGUAAAUAGCUUUGAGAACAGAAAUUAUGAGAAGCCAAAGGUGAGUGAUACUCGGGGUUUGAAUAGUAGUGUAGCAAUAGAAAAUUUCUCAAGGAACAUACUUAAAAAUCUUAGGAAGCUGAAGCAUUUGGCCCAAACUCUGAAUUAUAACAGAAGAGCUAAGAGGGAAACAAGAGACGAUGAUGCUAUUGAGUACCUGUUAAUGUUAAUGGAGUAUUUAUUAAAACAAAAUCAUCCAUUGGACGCAGCCCCAGCAAAUGAUGGUAUUGACUUACUCUUAGAAGCUAUAAAAAAUGCACCUGACAUAAAGACAGUACGAAAAAAAGUCCUUGUAAACACACCGUCUGGCUCUGAUACUACGAUGAUAACUAUUCCACGGAAUUUAUUAUAUCGAUCUACUACUGAUACUUCAGUAGCGGACACUGAAUCUGAUAGUGAGACAACGUCUAAUGAAGACUCUGAAACACCUAAAACAAACACCAACGAAGAGACUUUGAAGAAAAAAAUUGAUGAAAACAAAGAUUUAUUCGAUUUAAUUGAUGAAGAGAAAGAGGUCAUUGACAAAUAUCAGUUUGAUAGACGAGCGGGAGCUAUUCCGACCAUAACAUAUUUCACCACCAACGUAGCUCUUUAUGAUGACGAAGAGAAUAAAACAUUCGGAAACUCUUUAGGUGCAUCGGAGACGACACCGUUACCCGAAUUAGCCAAUGAAGAAGAAAAUUUCGACAAAAGUACCGAUCACGGUAAUAAGAAUGAAAACGGUAUUAGUGAUAAUCCCAGCAACGCCAAUAAUAAUGUCUAUGAAAAUACUGAAAAUGUUAAUGUGUAUAGUAACACAGUAAAUAAUAAUUAUGAUAUGAAUACAGGCUAUGGUAAUAAUGAUGAUACUAAUGCAGCAGAUGGUAAUGUUUAUAUAGGUAACAUGGCCGAAGGUAAUAUUCAUAGUGCACCAGAUAAUGACCAUUAUAAUGCUAAUAUACCUAAAGAUCUAAAGACCUAUGAUAUGAAGGCGUCGUAUGACUUCAGCAAAGCAGUUACAGAAGAAACUGUUCUCGAAAAAGGUGUUGCCGAAGAAAGGAUUAAGGCGACAGAAGAUAGAGACAAGAAAAUUGAAACAGUAUAUACCGGAGAGAUUGAUGAAGAAGAUACGACACAUGGAACUGUUUCAGGGGUAGACAGCGAACAGACUACUUUUAUACCACAAGAGGUAGAAAUUCCAAAAAACAAAUACAUAUCUAAAGAAAUAAAAACAUUAGAUUCAUAUGACACUGAAAAGUUAGAUAAGAAGUCUAAAUUAGAAUGGAUUGAAGAAAAUUUUCGAAGAGAAUACUCACAUUACGAUGAGGAAAAAGGAAAGGCUCACGAAGAGAAAAGAGAGAAUAUUAAAACCAAUACACCAGUUACAUUAGCUCCUAGUAGAACGAGUGCUCCUGAGUAUAACAAGAAGAAACCUAGUGUAGAUGUCAGUAUGAUAAGUAAUGAAGUGUCUGAUACUGCUGGCAAGAAGAAGAAAUCCAAAAUAAAUACUGAAGAAGUAAUGUUUAAAAAACAGAUGGAUCUCAUGCAUUCUCUUGAUUAUGUAACUGAAAAGAGUGAAUUUGAUGAGACUGAGUCGAAAGAUGGUAAUGCAGACGAAAAAGAUUCAGAAAACUUCCCUACAUACUUUGUAUAA